AUACCUUGUUGUUCUCCCAGGUGAUUGGCUAUUGGGAAAUGACAUGUCUUGCCGUGAACGGAUACAGAUAAAUCGUGGAUUAGGAAUAAAUGAUAGAACAUGUAGUUUGUGUUAAUCAUAACACUAUGAAAUUCAAUGUUGAAACAACUUUGGGGAUCAACAUGCUGAGUUGUUUAAAUUCAACUGAGGAACGACUUUCACAAUUUGUUUAAUUUUCAUGCUUCGUUUCUUUCAUUCUAAGAAAUAGCAGAUCAGUCGAUUCCAAGACUCCAUUUCUUGUUUUCUUUGUCAUUGCGGUGUCUGGGAGGGAAUACAUGUGUGGGCGGUCAUAAAUGGUAUGCUUUUGGCCCUGAUUUGUUACCUACUACUCUCAGCGCCAUCUUGUUGCAACUCCUCUACGUAUGUGGAAGAGUUUCUACGAGGGGUCUCCGAUUACCCUUUUCUUCCGUUUUGCUGAUUGAAAGACUGGAUCCUUACACUGAAAAAUAAAGUGCAUAUUUUGUAACAUUUGCUAAACAUUUUUACUUGUAACGUUUUGUUUCCAAUACGGAGAAGAAAUGAGCAUCGAGACGCUUUUAGAAGCAGCAAAGUUUUUGGAAUUGCAAGCCCAGCAACAACAGAAAGCACGUGAGGAGAAUGAGCUGCGGGAGAAGCUUCGCCUCGAACAGCUAUCUGACCACAAACGCAAUGAUGUCACUACCUACUCCUCCCCCAUCCAGAUGAACCAUGUGACCCGAGGAGAAGAGUCCUGCCCCGACUCAGAACGCUGCCCCGCCUUUGUCCCGCCCCCGCUGCCGCCCCCCUCCAUGACUGUCAUCCCUAUCCCCAUGAUGACCUUCAACCACACAGGUCUGCCCCCCACUGUCCCAACCCCCUCCUCUACCACCUUGUCCCCCCAGGCUGGGGCAGCACCCCACCUGGCCUCCCCCAGGAGGGACCCUCACUCCCCAGGGCAGGGCCACCAGGGACAGGGUGUGCUGUUGGCUCUCUCUCCUCAGGUGAAGACAGACCACUCCCACCACUUGCCUUUGGCUCAAUCUGGCAACCACAAGCAGAAUCAUCACCACCAUAAUCACCUUCCACAGAUUGUUUCCCCCCACUCUGGAAACCAUAAACUGCUGCAGAAGCAACAACAGCAGUCUCCCCAGCUGGUGCAGCCCUACCCUGGCUCCAUCGUCUCAGCCCCCCAGCUGCAUUCCUUACUCCCUCAGCCAGGGCCCCCCCAGACUCCGUGUGGAGGCCAGACCAGCCCUAUUGGGGGCCGAGGCAGCCCCCCUGACCUGGACGGGAAAAAGAGGCCUGGAGGGGCAGGGACAAGAGAAGUACAUAACAAGCUUGAGAAAAACAGACGUGCUCACCUGAAGGACUGCUUUGACACCCUGAAGAAAAACAUCCCCAAUGCAGACGAGAAGAAGACCUCUAACCUCAGUGUCCUGAGGAGCGCCCUCCGAUAUAUACAGACGUUAAAACGCAAGGAGAAGGAGUAUGAGCAUGAGAUGGAGAGACUGGUGCGGGAGAAGAUCGCUACUCAACAGCGAUUGGCUGAGCUGAAGAACGAGCUGAGCCAAUGGAUGAAUGUCAUGGAGAUCGACCGUGUUCUCAGACAGACGUUUCAACCAGAAGACGACCAGGCUUCUACCUCUACUGCCUCAGAGGGUGAAGACCUCAUGGAUGAUGACAUGGAUGAAGAGAAUGCUCCGUCAGCGCCGACAGCCUUACCCACCAUGCCUCAACAAGCCAUACAGCCUGAGUUGUGCAAGACUGUGACCCCCACUCCCAUAACCCCCACCACAUCCAACCUCACCCAACACAUCUCCAGCCAACACAAGGCCCAAAUGUACCCCCAGCUUCACCCCCACCUGCUGUCAGCCCUGCCUGUCUCCGCUACGUUCUCCACCCCAACAUCCAGCAUCACCACCACCCCUAUCCAGGCCCUCCUAUCGGCCCACACACACAUUGUAACCUCCCCUAGCACCCUCUUCCCGGCCCACACACACAUUGUAACCUCCCCUAGCACCCUCUUCCCGGCCCACACACACAUUGUAACCUCCCCUAGCACCCUCUUCCCGGCCCACACACACAUGGUAAAGGCUCCCAGCCUGCAGCCCACGGUCAUCGCCCACAGCUCGGCUUCCCACGCCUCCGUCAUCCAGGCCGUCAACCACGUCAUCCAGGCUCAGACUUCAUCUGGAGGAGCCAAGCACCUCACCCACCUAGCCCCCUCAGCCUCCAUGCAGCUGGCCCCAGGGCACCACCACCACCAGCCCAUCGGACACAUCACCGUCCACCCUGUUACCCACCUGGGCCAGCACCAUUUACCCACCAUCUACCCCCAACCCGUGGCUGUCACCCAGCCAGCCAUGGUGGGCCACAUUACCCAUACCAUCACCCAUGCCCAGGUCAAUGGUACUGCCCCCAACCAGGGCACAACCACCAUCGUGGGAAAGCAGAUGGGAGUUGGUGCCCAGGUGGUGGCACAUCACCCACAGCUGCUGAACCCUGUAACUAUGGUGACCAUGCCCUCAUUCCCCGUUAGCACUUUGAAGCUAGCCUGAUUUCUGAACCAGGCCAGAGCCAUCCUGAAGCUAGCCUGAGAACCAAGUACAUGAACAGGCCACACCCACCCUGAGGUGGCCAGAGUCGGGCUGAAGUCGGAGACAGACCUGGAGACCAUCUGCCCCAGAGCAGACCAGCCGGACAGGAGCCAGCCCAGACGCCGAGCCCGAGGCAGGCACCAGGACUACUGUACUGACAAACAAACGGAAAAGUCUUCAUACUGAAGGCAAGACGCAGUUCUCAUAUUCACUGAUGAAUCACAAACUGCAUUAACGAACCUGAGGCAGUACAGCUGUCUAUAAGGAAUAACUCAGAACAUUCCACAAAGAAACUAUAAAAAACAUAAUAUAAAUAUCUUUAUAAUGGUUAUGAGGUGAAAGAGCCAAUGUUGUUGGGCUGAGUAUGAUGUCCAGGAGGAUCAUCUUGAUGUUAUUGUACAGGAUGCAGUGGAGAUUCACAGAUACAUUUUGUGUGGCCCUCCGUGUGCAUAUCUGCAGAAGCAAAACAGCAGCUAAGAGUGAGAAAAGGGAGUCAUCGAAUGUUGAAGGCAGUCAGACCUGCAUAUUUUCACUCCAGAUCGGUUUUAUAUUUCUGCUACAUGUAUUCCACAGCCAAUAGUAUUUAAAAACCACACUACAAAUGACUGAUGGUGCCACUAUCAAGCACCAAGGUAUUAGAUUUAACUGAGGUAUACCACUAAUGCCAGGGCUUACAUCUACAAAUCAUCUGAGUAGGAGUGCUGAUCUACAAUCUGUCCAUAUAAACGUAUUAAUUAUGAUUUAAAAGGCUAAACUGAUUCUAAACAAGCACUCCUACUCUGAGGUGCUCUGCCUUCUGAAUGUGACCAUUCAGAAGGCAAAGCGUCCGAUUUCAGACAGGCUGAAUCGGGGUCAGAGAGACAGGCAGUGUGUGAUUGGUGGGUGUUGUUGGCGUGUCAGCAUGGGAUCAGUUUGUGUGUGCUCUAACAACUAAGCACCAUAAAGGAGCACAUUGAGAAUGAUUGCAGGGACCUCCCCCUCUACCCAGGCACAUGGCUGUAGAGUCAAACCUAAAACAUGGCCUGGCCUAGCUGUACCAUGUGCUCGCCUCCCACUGCAGCGCUGUCAUAUGGCUGCAUGCUCCACAGGCUCCCCCUGCUGGUAAAACAGACAAUGGUCAUUGAGCAGACUAUAUUGUAAUAACAUGUAUUCAGUGGAUGUGGCCCACGCAGAAAUCCAACACGUCAGCAUUCCCACCAUGCACAUAUGAACCACGUGAUGACUUCUCAUGAAACUGAACAACCACUCAAUUUAGCACAGGAUGAAAAUGACAAUACCCAAGUGACUACAUAUUGCCUCAUUUUGUUUUACUAAUAACAGGGACCAGUAUAGCAGGCACAAGCACUGCAAAUCGUUCCUGGAGUAUAUAUCUGUAUGUGUAAUAUAGUGAGGAAUGUCUCUUGAUUGUGUUGCAGCAGUGAACUUGUUAAAACAAAGGCCUUUGGCAGUGUCAUGGUAGAGGAUUUAAAUGAAUGAGGCAGUUUGGGGUUAAACGACAUGGUAGGGCAGUCACCUACGAAGCACUCUGACAUCUUAUUCUCUCUCCACCAACCAUAUCUGGUAUCCCUGGUCAUCAGGCUGCCUGGUCAUAACUUAUCUACGUUCUCAUGUUUGCCUUCCACUACACUAUGAUGACCUGUGUAGCUGAGAUUAAACUUAACUUCUAGCACUUUGAUCUGCUACUUAACCACAAUUAAACUGGUUUACAAAUUUA